CAGCAUAUGUAACAUAUUCGGUUAUUUUUGCCAUAAUGGAAAUACCAACCGAUGGAUUGUUAAAAGUUUGUUGAGUAAAACACUACAGAAUAAAGCAUCAAAGGGUAUAAAAAAGAAUACUGGAGGAGUGUUUUACAUUGGCCUGAAGAUCUGAAAGAAGCCACCAUAAAAAUGGCAGAAGCAGUCGACACCAACACAACACAUCAGGUGAGGUACCCUAUCUUGGUAGAGCAGAACAGCUCCAGAGAGCAUGAGCCAGGCACAGUCUACACAGCACGUGAUACAGACUGUAAACAUUGUGUACCUGUAGAGACAAUCCUAUCACAGCAGGGUCAAGAGGUAAAGGUCUCAAAAGAAAUACAGGAGAGAAUUGUGCUCAUUGAUGGGGUCAAGUAUGUUGUACUGUCUCCAAGAGACUAUCAGUACAUGCAAGAUAAAAUCAAAGCAUUUGAACAGAAAACAGACAUAUCAGAUAUCAAGGAUAAGACUAUUAAUGAUAUAAAGCUUCAUCUUGAGUUUGUAGAGAAGGAUAGAGAUAGGGGCAUUGAAUGUUACAAUGUUAUAGAAACCAAACUCAAAAAGAUGGAACUAGAACUUAAUCAAGCAAAGGAUGAACUUAAUGAUACAAACCAUAUCAUUAAAAAGAAAGAUGAAGAAAGACACCACCUGAGGAGUAAAAUCAAACAACAACUUGAAGCUACUGCCAAGCUUCAGGAAAGCUACCAUGCAAAAAGUAAGGAGGCAGAAGACAGCAAGAGACACCUUGAUCACAUGACCCAAAAGUUAAAUGAAUUUCUUGAUGAGAACGACAAGUUAAGACGAAGUUUGGAUCGCUAUGAAAAUGAAUUGCAAAUAUCAAAGAAUACUCUGUUACGCACAGAAAAUGUAAUUGGCAAACUUAAAGAGGAGUAUGAACAGAAAGUUGAAAGCUCUGCCGUGAAGGAUAACACUAUAGAAAACCUAGAGCUACAGUGCACCCAACUACAAAAGGAAAUUCAAUCAAAGUCUCAGGCUGAUUCUGGAACAGAUGCUUUGGGGGAUGCUUCGACAGUUGGUCCAUCCAGACUUCCACAUGAUACUGCUGUUCUUGCUGGAGCUAUAACGAGAGCGCCAGAUGGACCAGCAGAAUCUAUUAUUGGAGGAACAGCAGCUGGAGUUGCAUUAAGACCAGCAGCUGGAGUUACAUUAAGACCAAUGGGAGCUGUUAUUGGAGUAGCAGGACAAGUAGCUGCAAUUGCAUCAUUAGGACCAGCUGGAGCUAUUAUUGGAGGUAUUAUUGGAGCAAUCCAAGGAACAUCUUCUAUUGGAGCAAUCCAAGCAACAGCUGUAAUAUCUUCAUAAAAGGUCUUCCAUCCUAGAUGUCCAGACAUCAACCAUAUAUGAACCACUACGAUGGUGCUUUUUGCACAUGUUCACAAUGUUUUCCUAACAAAUUUUUGGCUACACCUUGAACAGGAUAAUGUUACUCUAAAUAGUGGAAUUGAAAAUACUUAAAGUAUACUUUUAUAUGAUUGAUAAAAAAUCAAUAGUAAAAUUAAAGUUAAUCAGUACUACUGCAGUCUAUAUGCACUUUUUUCACAUCUCAUAUACAUGUAACCUAGUGUACAGUACUACUGCAGUCUAUAUGCACUUUUUUCACAUCUCAUAUACAUGUAACCUAGUGUACAGUACUACUGCAGUCUAUAUGCGCUUUUU